GGGCAUUUAAACUUAAAUUCUAUGCAGUAAUUUCUUUACAGUGUAACAGAUUGGUUUUUUGUACAUAGCUGAACAAAGAUUGUUCUAAGAUCAACAGCAAAAUACCGGAGAAAACUUUAUUUUCAUCAAAAGAUUAGGAGAAAGAAAACAAAAUAUACUUUACUGCAUCUUUAAUGUUAAAAGAUUUUUUUCGUCCUUAAUUGAAGCUUUUUCAUGUGGUAUAUGGCCAUUCUUUCUAAAGUGUGAGCUAUUAGGCCCAAUAGGCCUCUUGUUACUAAAGUUUUUUUUAAUGCUACACAGCGAUUAUUAUCAGGCUUUGAUUUAGAUUUCUCCCUUUAUAUUGAUUUUACUCGAUGCAUCUACAUAACGUCAUUACCAGUAAAAAUGAAUGUAAUUUUUUUUUCAAAAGAGACCGUACUCUAUUUUCAUUCGUGUUUUUUUUUCAAUAAUAUGAAAACAGCUUAGAUCAGGUGAUACUUUUCGCUGAGAUAUUUAAAAUUUGUUGUCAGAUGAUAUUCUGCAAAUCGAAUUCUUCUGGGCAAAGGAAGAUCGUACUUGUUAUAUAGGAUGAAUUCAAAUACUGCCAUCAUUUUAUUUUCCUGCGUUGCUUUGACGAUUACUUCGAUACAACACGUUUCCCGCAAGACUACCCAAGCACUCUGGACAUCAUGCAACAGAUUUGAUGGGUUUCCUUCCAUUUUGACAUGCUAUAGCUUUUGUAUAAAUGUGUUUGACGAUUUAUACUUGUUCAGUCGUGACUUUAUGACAGGGACAUGUUUUUGUUGUGACCAAGUUCCAGGUUUGGACGAUCAGUACCUGUCCAAUUCUGAUAAAAGAUCCUUUAAAACUGGAUUUUGUCCAUUUAAGUACACGGGAUACAAAUACAACCAAGACAAAGUUUGCCUGAGGUACGAGGAAUCUUUAAGGACUUACCAGGAGGCUGUGAACAUUUGCCAAGGAGAGGGAGGCGACCUAAUUCGAGUAGAUUCAUUAACCAAGCAUAAAAUUUUGAAGGAUUUUGUGGAGAAAAAACGUUCGCUUGGCGAAGUUGAGGUGUGGGUCCAAGGCAUCAGAGAUGGCAACCUUAUUUGGAGGUACCAUGAUUCUACGGAGCUUAACUAUACCUGUCUGACACGAAUUUCAGGUAAUACUGAUUCCAACUACAUGCGGGCGGUCAGCAAUGAUAAUUACGACUGCAACGACCACACUCACCUGUAUUCUACUUUCUUCCUGUGUGAGAUAUACAUUCGUGAUAUUUGGUUUUAAAUGAACUAUAUGGAGAAGGUGGCAAGUUCUGAAAUAAGAAAAAUUCUUCCAGUAUGAACGGAGAGUUAAGAUGGAACCUGGUUGAAUAAUAAAGUUGCAUGUCGACUGUCACCGUGAAAUAUUUAAACAGUAAUUAAUGCUCUCAAUGUACAGAAUUCUUUUCGUGUGUGAAAUAUACAUUCGUAAUAUU